AUGGAUGCUGACCCGCGGCAGUAUGAGAACAUUGGGUUGAAUGAUAACGACAUCAACAAGAUUAUUAUCUCAUAUCUUGUGCACAAUUGCUACAAUGACACACUGGAUGCGUUUGUUGCAUGUACUGGAGAAAAGCAUCCUAUUAGUAAUCGGGAGGACAUGGAGAAAAGGAAGCGAAUAUACCAUUCGGCAUUGGAGGGGAAUGUGUCCGAGGCCAUCCGGUUGACAGAAGAAUUUGCCCCUGGUUUGUUGGAUGAGGAUAAAGCUUUGCAUUUUGACCUCUUGAGCCUUCAAUUUGUUGGGAUUGUGUGCUCUAGGAAACUUGAUGAGGCUUUAAAUUUUGCUCAGUCCAAGUUGAAUCCCUUUGGGAAAGAGCAGAGAUUUGUGGAGCAGCUUAAAGACUGUGUUGGUCUUCUUGCGUAUGACGAACCAGAGAAGUCCCCAAUGUUCCAUCUUCUAAGCCCAGAACAUAGACAGCACAUUUCAGACAGUUUAAACCGAGCGAUUCUUGCACACACUAAGCUUCCCAGCUAUUCGGCAAUGGAAAAGCUAAUACAGCAGACAACUGUUGUUGGACGGUACUUAAGUCAUGAAUUCAGCAAGGACGGGCAUCACCAACCUUUCUCUUUAAAAGAUUUUCUCAAGAGCUGA